CUUAUUUGCCAGUAAAUCAUGUACACGUGCAAGCUGGCUAGCAUAAAUCAUGAGGAAAGUUGUGCAGCCGCUCUCGGGUAUCUUUGCUCAAAGCCCUCAAUUGUUCAGUAAUCAGUUGCAUCUGGCGUCAAACACGCGUGUGUUGUGGUGAAGUUGUCACAGUUGAGUAAAUUGCGUUUGAAGAGGUGUUUGUAGUUUAGUAAUCGAUCAAGAAGGGUGUUGUUGAUGUAGCUGAAAUGUGUGAAAAGGAAAGUCAUCAUGUUCAUUUUGGCGAGGAUACGGAGACGUUUGGGAAGGAUAAUGAAAUCAUCGUGAAGUGCACAGGUUAUAAUACUGUUACUGCCCAGUUAGGAUUUUUAAAAUUAGGUCACAAAUACGAAAUAAAAUUUGAUGUGCCAUGUAGUGUUUGCGACUUCAGGCCGGCCGAGUCCUUAGAUGCGUCAUGCUUCUCGGAUAUUCCAAAUAAAAAUUGUUACCUUAUUGCCGCAGUUGUUGAGAGUGAAUCUGUCCAUAUUGCGGUACACCUAAUAGCUUAUAAGGAGAAACUGCUAAAGGAAGAGAUUCGCAUUACAGAGCCUACCCGCCAGAAAGGAUUUACCAUUCACCUGUUGGCUAGAGUGCUAGGAAAGAACAAAGGAACUCCUUUGCUGCGUAAUGGUGUCCGUUGCAUAGGUGUUGAAUCAAUGGAUGAAGAUUCAGAAGCUUCUGACUGGCAAGGCUUUUGAGAAAUUAAUGUAAUAAAGCUCCCUCCUUAAAAAUGUGCUAUUGGUAAGAUUAUAUAAAUGUUUGCCUGUAUUAAUGAACUGAUGUAAAUAUUUCACACAUCUAUUUUUGUGAUAUCCCCUGUGGAAAUAUUUUUCACAUUGCUAUUCAAUUUGUAUUUAUUUUAAAGUGAAAUACAAAUUUAGUUUCACUUGUUACA